AUUGUCAUAAAGAUACUAUUCUAGACUUGUCUAUUCUCUACAUCGUUCGUUGUCUGUACCUGAUCACUUCGUACUAGGCCAAUUGACCGAGCGUCCUUCAGAAUUGUGUGUGGAUUUCUUCUAGAGGCGCAGCCCAAUGAGCCUAAACGCAGGAGCGCGCAUGAUGCGCCUCCAACCCACGCUCGUUCACCAGAGCCUUUACCACCGGAAUUUACCUGUAUCAGCUCUUUCGCGCCAGUUGCUGUCGCUACAGGCCAACACAAAUUCAUACGUGGUCACUCGAGGCUUCAUACACAAGAACAAUGCAUCAAAAAUCCAGCUCCGGGCCGCAUCGACAUCAUCAGCGUCGCAGCCCAAGACCUCAGAUGCUUCCCAAGACCCCUCAACGUCAAAUUCCAGCUCCUCGAAGUCUCCCCCCUCGCCAGAGCUGCCAGCGACAAUCUCAGAUCCCAUGAACCCGCCCGCCUCAACGCGCCCUCCUCCCCUCGAUCUCCCAGUCCGCGACCCAUCCACGAAUGUCUUCACCUAUCUCUUCCGCCUCGGCAAAGCCUACACAACAUUCUACAAGGCGGGUCUAAAAGCCGUCUUUACGAACCGGCGGCUUCUCCGCGACCUCCCCGAUACGCCGCCCCCGGGCCUCCCUUCCCCGGCGUCAUCCACGCGCGGCACCGCCUCUCAAGCAACCAUCGCAUCCUCAUCCGCGCUGCCCUCCUCGCUAAACAAGAGCGCCAACCCGACCCGAUCGUCCCUCCUCCUGCGCGCCCGCGUACGCCACGACAUUGCGCGACUACCCCUCUUCGCCGUCAUCGUGCUGAUAUGCGGCGAAUUCACACCGCUGAUCGUACUCUUAUUCCCACGUCUAACACCGUACACCUGCCGAAUCCCAAGGCAAGCAAACGUGAUCCGGCGCGCGGUGGAGUCGCGCCGGGCCUCCAGUUUCCAGGUCCUCAGACACACCGAACAUGACGCUCUCACGAAGGUCGCGGACGGACAUAUCUGCCGCAGUCUUUUCCUGGGCAGCACGGCAUGGGAUAAGAUAGGUGUCGACGUCCCGUUCGCCAAGGCUCGCGCCGCGAACGUCGUGCAGCGGAUCGUGCAGGACGACGCGCUGCUCCGGAGCGGCGGCGGCGUGAGCGCGCUCGUGGACGACGAGGUUGUCCUUGCGUGCGAGGAGCGCGGCAUCGAUACCCUGGACAAAGACGUGGCGGAGCUGAGAGAGCGGCUCGCGGCGUGGAUUGCGAAGUCGGCGCCUGGAGAGACGGGGGACGCCGAGGCCAGAGCGAAGGAAGCUACGGGGAAAGUCAGGGGGAUGCUCUUGGGUCUCGAUGGGACGAUAUGAUGAUGAUGACGAUUUUCAACGUGUUUAUACGUCGUAUUGCCAGGCAGAUAGUGACCUGACUAGAUGUACAAGAGUCUAGACAAAAGUUAUCAUGGAAUACGGAAAUCUACUUCGUUGCUCGAGAAUGACCUUAUGGUAUACUCUACUCUGUUCUAAUUCAC